AUGUCUAAUGGAUCCAGAUCAGAUGCCCUGAAGAGUAAAACCGCCACCAAACCGGUCUUCCAUUUCGCCGCCGGGCUCUUCUCAGGUCUGACUUCCUCCAUCCUCCUGCAGCCGGCAGACCUCCUGAAGACCCGGAUCCAGCAGUCAGGCCAGUCUGCCUCUCUUAUAUCCACCGUCCGCGCCAUACUUGCUUCGCCCAAUCCCAUACGCAACCUAUGGCGAGGAACGCUCCCGUCAGCCCUCAGGACCGGGUUCGGGUCUGCCCUGUACUUUAGCUCCCUCAACACCCUGCGGCAGUCCGUGGCUAUCGUCAAGCUGCACUCAACGGGGGACAGUGGCAGCACCGGCACGACUUCUUCGCCGCGGACAUCUGCCCUGCCUAAACUAUCUCACUCGGCAAACCUGCUUACCGGAGCUGUGGCGCGAGUCUCUGCUGGAUUCGUCAUGAUGCCUGUCACCGUGCUGAAGGUGCGGUAUGAGUCUGAUUACUACUCGUACAGGAGUCUAUGGGGUGCUGGCAGAGACAUCGUUAGAACAGAGGGUGUUAGGGGUCUGUUUUCUGGAUUUGGAGCAACGGCCAUUCGUGAUGCACCGUAUGCGGGUCUCUACGUCGUGUUUUACGAGCAAUCGAAGAGAUCUCUGUCUGCACUGCUACAUCCGGCUGCACCGCUUUUAUCAUCCCAGGGUGAAAAGGAAGGGCAGGGUUCGUCAGCGUCUUCACCAUCAAUUCCUUCGGCAGCGUACGUUCACUUCAUUUCUGGAGCGCUUGCUGCUGGGUUAGCCACCACCAUCACGAACCCGUUCGAUGUCCUCAAGACCCGUGUACAGCUGAUGCCCUCCAAGUACCGCAACAUGUGGUAUGCGGCAAAGCUUGUCUUGCGUGGUGAAGGCGUACGGGGUCUAUUCGGAGGGCUGAGCUUGCGUAUUGGGCGGAAGGCUAUCAGCUCUGCGUUGGCCUGGACCAUCUACGAGGACCUGAUAUUGCGCGCCGAGACCUCGCGUUGGGCGCAGCAGGAGAAGGGCUUGCUGACUUGA